GUAGUAACAUUAGUACGAUUUUGUACCGCGGUUCAAAAAUAUACCUCAAAAGGUUGAAUCUUACUAUUUAAAAAUAUGCUUAGUACUCUGGCAACGCUUAGUUCUGAAGGUCCAAUAGAUUUUGUAGCGCGAACAUUUCCAAUUUAACACUUUUGUAAAUAAUCAGGUAAUAGAUAACAAAAAAUUAUAAUAAAUUAAAAAUUACCACUUACCACGCUAUAAAACUACCUGAAAUUAGUAUAUCGAAUUGAGCAAAGCGAUGACAGAAUCCCGAGAAUGGGAUGACUUUCUUUUGCGCUAUCCCGGUAUAAUUGUAAGCGGUUCCAAUGCCAGAGGGACUGUAAAACUAAACGGCAAGUGGUACCGUUUAAAAGUGAUGUGUCCGCAUUUCCCUAAACUACAGGAAGCGCGUCUGGAACUAUUGCUACCACAGCAAGUUAAAUUUACAAAAAUUAGAAAAGAAGAUUUAGAAGUUGAUUGGACUUUGUAUGAUUUAAUGAAGCACCUGCCACAACUACAACAAAAGUACAGCGAUAAAGCCAACCCAAACGCCAAAAGCUUAGAAAUAACAGAUUCCAACAUUUAUAGUGAAAUAGCCGCACUCUACGCACCACAAGAUUAUCAAUUGGAGCUAAAUGACGCUUGUAGUUUACUGCGUUUCUCCAAAUUCGCGGGAUACGAAAGACAUUAUUUACAAGUAGCACUACCAACACUACGAAUAACUGCGCAUAGUCUACCCGACUGUGUGCCGUGGGAGGAGCAACUGCAGAAAUAUGAGAACCUAAGCGCAAUGGUGCAACAGUUCCGCAACUAUCUGCAAGAUUUACGGCCAUUUUAUGGAAAUUUCGCCGAUAUUGAUGAGCUGUGCUAUGUUGUGCAGCCAAAACCUCCAGUUUCGACCAAACAUAAUUGGCGUUUAUUUGUGUUACGUGAACGCGUUUUUAUCAAAUUAGUGCUUUCCGAUCCCUUUGCACCGAUUGGUUCGAUGUCAGUGCAGAUAAUAGGACCAACGCAGGCCGUCGAAGAGUUGAGACGUACGUUAAGUGAUGGCCUGAGCGAAUGGGAUGUUGAGCUGGAUAUACAUAAGAACUUGUUGCGUAUUUUUGACAUCUGCUAUUUUCCUAUGCCGCCUGGUAGCGGCUGGAUGGAAGUAGAUGGUGAAGUUAAUACCACGGAGCAAAAAUUUUGUAAUAUCUGUUACUCGUAUCAACUAGAGGAAGGUGAAAUACCAAUUGUAUCAUGCGACAAUCCGCAAUGUACGCUGGUAUAUCAUGCGGCUUGCUUGAAGGAGUGGUUCAACACGCUCACUGACGGCAUGGACUUUCUGAGUGUCUCUUUUGGCACUUGCCCCUUUUGCAAAACUAAACUUUCAACAUCUUUCGCUGAGUUAUUGGCAAAUUAAUUUUUUAAUAAUUUUCGAGUAAUCUAUUAGUUUAGAUACAGUAAGUUAAUUUGUAUUCAAUAAACGACUGUAAUUACCGUCAGAAUUUACACAUCAAUUCAACAAAUAUUUCGUAUAGACUAUGCUGACGAGUGAGCUUAAACAAAUUAGUAUUUUUCUUUUAAUAA